UUUAACUUUCUAUUUAUUAGUUUUCUAUGAUGGGUACUCGAUUGUCGAUUGUGAAAAUCUAAUUAAUACAAUUAUUAAUAUUAUUUUGUAUUAUUUGUGAUGAGAAUACAAAGUUUCUGGAUAAAUUUAGUAUUCCGAGAAUACUGCAGUAACAAAAAUGUUUUCCUACCAAAACAACACAAAUUUACAUAGUAUUCCAUGAACUUCUGACAUUUCUUCAAGUUUUAAGAAAGCAGUAUUGAUUUUAUUUGAGAUGAACAAUAAGUAAUCUAGGAUGACCGAUUCUAAAGAACCGACGUUUACUGAUAAUUCUCAAGAUUUACCUGGUAUACCUAUGAAUGCUAAUGAAAUAAGUACCUGCUUCAAAACUGAACCCCCAGAUUCUGAAGAUGAUGAAACAAAAUCAGACCAUGAAAUUUCAAAUAAUUCUGAGGAAAAUGCUAUUAAAGUUAAACUAGAAAAUGAAUGGGAUACACUUCAGGAGAAUAUUAAUUCUUCUAGUGAGGAGCCCCAAACAACUAACUCAAAACAUGUGAAGAUAGAAGGGAAUACUACCAAAUAUAGUUGUGGAAUUUGUGAAUUCCUCAGUGAUACUUUCCGUGAAAUGAGAGAACAUAAAAAAAUACAUUAUAAAGAAAAGAGGACUUGUGCUAUGUGUGGAUUGGUUUGUCAAAGUAUAGGAAAAUUAGAUGUACAUCAGAAUGCACAUUUUGGUAUUAAGCCUUGUGUUUGUGAUGAAUGUGGAAAGUCUUACAGUUCCUCAACUCAAUUGAAAAUUCACAAAAGAAUCCAUACGGAUGAGAAAAGGUAUAAGUGUAAUCAAUGUGAUAAGGCAUUCCGAUAUAAUGGCACACUCAGAAGUCACAUCAGAAUGGCUCAUACAGAUAUUUUAUUGACAACAUGUAAAGUAUGUUCGAGGUACUGUGAAACAGCAGAAGACCUUAAGAAACAUAUGGAAACUGUUCAUGCUAAAGAAAAAAAAGCAAUUAGUUGCCAACUGUGUCAGAAAACUUUCAAAAGUGAACAAUUAUUAUCCUGCCACCUGAAAGUGCACACAGAAUUGAAAUUCCCCUGCGAAUUUUGCCAAAGAAUCUACCCAACUUUAUACCGGUUGAAAAAACAUGUUGGACGAGCCCACAUUCCGAAUGUUUGCGAAUGCAAGAAAGUAUUUUACGAUAGAUCUGAAUUCACCAAACACAAUAAAGAAUUUCACAAGACUGAGGAACCCACAGUCUGCCAACAUUGCAACAAGAGUUUCGACAAACCUAAGAACUUGACAGAACACAUCAGACUUCAACACAGAGCAAACGGUAAGGUUAACAAGUGCACUAUUUGCGAGAAGGAAUUCAUAAAUGCGUCUUUGUUGAGGAACCAUGUAAAAAUACAUGACAAAAGCUUUAAAUGUGAUUAUUGCGAUAAGAUCUUUGGGUCAAGGUAUAACUUACAAAUUCAUCUGGUGGUCCAUACCAAAGAAAGAAAUUACCAGUGUGACCAAUGUGGCAAUUCUUACGGAACCAAAACCGCAUUGAAAAAUCACAAAUUCACUCAUUUAGAAGUGAAAAACUUCACUUGCGAUAUUUGUCAUAAAAAAUUUAAGAGCAACCAUAGAUUAUAUGCUCAUAAGUCGUUGCACGAGGCCGAGAAAAAACACGAGUGUGAAAUUUGUCAUGCGAAAUUCACCAUCAAGCAAUACUUGAAUUUUCAUAUGAAAAAGCACUCCAAGGAGAAACCGUUCGAGUGUAAACCGUGUCAGAGAAGAUUCAAACAUAAGAGGUCUUAUGAGAAACACUGCCUUCUUCAAAGACACAUGAAUGCCCUUCAGAAUUGUGGUAUUGAAGACGAUUCAGAUUAUUCCGAUAAGAAUUACUCUAUGAAUGAUGAGCAGGAUGAGACUAAUGACGGUGCAAUGACGGAAUCGAGUAACGAAUCAAAUCAAAUGGGUUUCGAAGAGGUUAAGAUCAAGACGGAAAUUAAAGUAGAACCUAGUAAUAGCAAUGUAGAUUAAGGAACCGUUAGGGCUGGUUGUAUUUAUCUUAGCAUUGGCAGAACUGCAACUGAUGCACGAAAUAAGUUUUCAGAUUGGUAACACUGAGAUACAGUAACUGUCAGUUUACAGAUAACCUAACAAAUUAUUCUUAUUAGGCAAAGGGGCAAAUUGGUUUGAUUGUAUAUUUUGGAUGAAUUACCAUACGAAUUUUUUAUACAACUAGCCCUUUGUAUUUAUUUAAGUAAUUGUACAUUUAUAGCUAUAGUUAAUUCCGAACGUUGGCCAACAAGGUAUAAACAAAGAAAUAUAUUAAUAUCGAAGGGUCUAAGUGUUUUUAUAAGCAAGGCUAUUUAUGAUUCUUUCAAGAAUACAUCACCAAAAUCUGUAAAAAAGGUAACAGUUAAAGAAAUAAAGAUUAGCUGCUACAAAAUUAAAA